UUUCUCUGUGUGGCCUUGACUGUCUUGGAACUCACUCCUAGACCAAGCUGCCUCUGCUUUUUGAGUACUGGGAUUAAAGGUGUAGGCCGCCACCACUGGUUUAGAGUUCCUUUAAUAGAUCUGGAUGUAUGACUAAAGAUUUUGGGCUCAAGAGUCAAUCGAAACUGAAUUUGAUCUUUUUGUACAGUAUAAGCAGUAGGCCUUGGGAGGAAGUCACACAGACCAUCCUGCUCUCUGAAGAGUAUAUUUGGCCUCAGGGUGUUGAGGACUUAGAUACCUAUCCACAAGCCUUCUUCCAUCUCUUCUGGUUACGUUUAGAGGUCAUCACAUUAUCAGUAAAAGGUUUGAAAAGGCCAAUGAGUAUUCUCAUCAUCGAGGCAUUUUACGGAGGCUCCCAUCGGCAGCUGGUAGAGCUGCUCCAAGAAGAAUUGGAUAAUUGUGUACUCUACACCCUUCCUGCAAAGAAAUGGCAUUGGAGAGCACGGACAGCAGCUUUAUACUUCUCACAGAGUAUUCCCAGCAGCGAGCACUACAGGACUCUCUUUGCAAGCUCAGUACUUAACCUGGCUGAACUGACUGCCCUUCGGCCUGAUCUGGGAAAACUGAAAAAGAUCUUGUACUUCCAUGAAAACCAGUUGGUAUAUCCUGUCAAGAAAUAUCAGGAGAGAGAUUUUCAAUAUGGAUACAACCAAAUUCUUUCAUGUCUCGUGGCUGAUGUGGUGGUAUUCAAUUCCAUUUUUAAUAUGGAAUCAUUUCUCACUUCCAUUGGAAAGUUCCUGAAGCUCAUUCCUGAUCACAGACCUAAGGAUCUGGAAAGCAUAAUCAGACCGAAGUGUCAAGUUAUUUAUUUUCCCAUCAGGUUUCCUGAUGUGAGCAGAUUCAUGCCCAAGCACAAAAUAGCCCACUUAAGGAGGAUGCUCAGCCUUAAUGGAAAUGAUGUUGCAGCCCUGUCCGUGAUGCUUCCUUCCCAACCAGAGCAGAGGAAUUCUAAGAAGUUCUUGGAGAAUUUUAAAUCAAAGUCUGAGGAACACCCUGGCCUUGAUGCUGGACAAGAAACCCUGACCAACCCAUCAAUCAAGAAAUCAGGCUUGGAGAAGUCCAGCCUGUCAGAAGAUAACUCAGGCUGUCUUCCUGUGAGCAAAAAUCUAGCUCUUGAUCCCAGCAGCCUUUUUUGUGGAGCUGAUGAUCAGCAAAGACCCUUGCACAUCGCAUGGCCCCACAGGUGGGAGCAUGACAAAGAUCCAGAGAGUUUUUUUAAGGUUUUAAUGCAGCUAAAGGACUUAGGACUCAAUUUCCUCGUCUCUGUCCUUGGAGAAACGUUUACAGAUGUCCCAGGGGGAAGACCGUGAAGAUAAUAUGUUCCGGAAUACAACUCCCAAAACAUCUCUCAAGAAAUGGUUCUCAGAAGUUAUAGCUGUGUGAACAUCACUGAGGAAAAAAAUGUUCUUUCAUUUUUAUAAAAUGGUCUCAAAGUUUGUGAGAAAUGUACAUUUAAGAAAGAUACGUGGAAAUCAGUUAAUGGAAAAGAUCAAGACAUUAAUAGACAAAUAGGAAUGUAGGACUAGAUGUAACUAUAAAAGCUUGUAUCAGCAUCCAUAGCUUAGAUGUGCUGAAACAUAGGAGAAAGAAUAUCUCUGUAGAAAGGAGAGCUAAGAAUAUACCCCCACCCAGGGCUUUGGUGUUUCACUUUUUGUGUCCCUGCAUUUGUAUAUUGUUGUGAUUUAGAUUGUGAUGUGGUCACAGUAAUAUUUUCCCCACUUUGAGACCGGAGACAGCCCAUGUGUCUCAUCCUGUUUCUUGUACCUCUCAGAACUGGAAUCUGACAGACAGCCCACCAUGGGGAGUGUGUAUCUGGACACAUGCAGAGAGCUUUUCCAGCUCUGUUUCCCUCUGGCCUAUGUUGUUUCACUCUCAAAUGGAAAGCAUCAGCUCCUUGCUGUUGUGAAAUGAACACAACCAGGGCCUGGGAAGGUUAGCUGUCUAGUUCUGACUCUGCCUCUCGCCAUUGGGUCAUCUCUUCUAGCCUCAUUCCAUUCAUCUAUAAAACCAGUUCUUCAAAAUGAGUUGGAACUAGGAGGUACUUUAGAGAGCAGGACUUCUCAACUUCAAAUGAAAUUCAUAUUGCUACUUGAAAACAUUGUAUCAAAUUUUACGAAGAAAACAAUUAGUAUCGUAAUGAUACUUUUUCAAAACACAUUCCUUAUUAUUUUGAUGCCUGUUCUUGUUCUCCAUAAAGUAACUGAGAGACAUUAGUAUAGACCAGGCAGGACUAUGGUAGUCACCCUCCUCUGUGAUUUGAUUGCAUCACUGCCUAUCGUUUUCUUCUUGCCUCCAGGUACCCAGAGACUUCUUCCCCACCAAAUCCAUCCUUCCCUGUAUCUGAAAGCUCAAGGAGCUCACAAACAGUGCCAUAUCUGAUUUGAACUUUUCAAAGAUGUGAUUUCUUUCUUGAGUAUGUUUUUCUCUUAUCUUUACCAGUCAAAUACAGAUUCACUCUCUGUCCUUCCCAGACAACUACAGUGACCUCUUAUCUGUGGGAAAUAGACCUUCCUAGAUCUUGAAAUGUGGAUAGUAUCAAACCUGUUUGCCUUUAUAUAUAGGUAGUAACUUUACAUUGUUACUAAACAGUAAAUACAGUGUGGCUGUAACUUUUACAGUUUAAUGUUUAAUAGACAAACCACGAUGAAUUUCCUUGCUUUGUGAUUUCAUGUAUAGGUUCAUCCUUAUUACAGAUUUUAGCAAAAUGCCACACAGGACUUUUUUGCCUUUCCUUGUUGAAAAAUUUCACCUUUCUCCACAGUGCUCCUUUGGCAAAUCCAAAUCAUCAGCAUCCUUCCUAUUUCACUGUGAGGCCAUUAUUAAGUAAAGUAAAGGUUAUGUGAAUGCAAGCAGGACUAGCACUGGUCCAUCUGACAAGCAGAUCAUCUUCUAAGUGACUAAUGGGUGGGGGAACCCAGUGAAGCAAGGGAAUGGCUGUGAAGAGUGAGGUACAACAGUGUGAGUUUUUACCAGGCUGUUGUUAGUUCAGACUGGUGCAGUUUAACACUUAUUUCUAGAAUUUGCAAUUUAAAAUUUUCAGAUCUCAGCUGACAAUAGGUAAUUAACUAAAACUGCUAGAAGUGACAUUAUGGGUAAAAGAGAUAACUGUGCCUUUGUAGCCUACAUCAGUACUCACAGAUGUACUGGGCUGUGGCAUAGAUACUUCAGAGUUCUCUGAAGGUAGCUCCCAAGUCACCACCCAGACUCCUCCUUUACCUGUGAGAGUUCUUCCUGUCAUCCAAGACUCACUUCAGUCACAUUCCUUAACCUCUCAAAGAUGCCACUGUCUUUCUUUGAAUGGCCCUGGAAUUUUAUUUAGCCUUGCAGUGUAGCUGCACUCCUUCAGAACAAGUUUGUAGGAAUAUCAUAAUACCCACACAGCAUAUACUACAGUGGUUUCAAACUUCUGACCAUGAUACGUAUUUACAGUGUGGCUCUGUAUACUCAUGAUUAUAGGUGUGUGUAUAACUGAAACAGGUUUCAUGAUAAAAAUGUGUAUUCUUGUUACAUUUGAUCCAGUGGGACUGUUGUUUUCUGUUCUGUCCUUUCUUUUCUACUGGUCUAAAUUGAUUUCACAGCCUUUAGUUACAGUGGCUAAAAAAAAAAUACGUAACAUAGUAGGGAAGUGUUGUAUAUGUUUGUACUGACUUGGGCUUGCCAAAAUUAUUAUACAAAUAAAUCUUAACUUAUUUGUGAAUAUAUUCAAUUAAUCCAUUUUAAUAACACCAAGUUUUUGGAUUUAUUCUCACCAAAAAAAAUUAUAUUCUCCAAGUAAUGUUUUGAUUUUAACUUUAUACAAGCAGACUGAUCCAAGGGAAGAAACAUGAUCCAUUUUAGUGAAUUUUAAAGUAAGAUGAUGAGAAAUCAGGUUCUGUGGUAAUUGUCAUUAUGAUCUCCUUAGGUACAUGUAUCCAACAUGUCAUAGUUAGUAUUUCCUGUUUGCUGAGUACAUAUGGCUGAGUGCUAUGUACACAGCUCCUCCAAAUCUGGGGAACACUGCAAGUUAGUAGAAUACCUUCACUCCAUCUCCAUGAACAUCAAAUUCAACUGCAGUGGAUUUUACUUCCUUACAAAACUUUAAUGCUAAGUUAAAUCAUAAGCUCGGAUUUCUUUUCUUUCUUUCCACAAGUUCUCUCCAAUUUAGCAAGUGUAUUUUUUACAGCACAUCUAAACUGUGUUCAGCGCUUAUGAAAAAUGUCAGAUGGAUGGUGUUGAGAAGUAAAGUUGUACCAACUGACAAGUCAAUCUCUUGAUGUUUAUUUUAUGAACUUCAUUAAUUAAAAAAGAAAACAAAAAUUAUGUUUUACAGUUCAUUUUAUCAUAUCUUAAGAGGUACGUUGAUUCCCGAAUAACAGAAAGUUCAGUUUCUGGUUAGGUACUAAGGACAUAUUUGGUGUUCAGUAAUGACCUAUUGAUUAAUUAAACUGGUAAGAUCAUAUUAAAUAUAAUGUUAAAUUUAGAUGAGGAGCCUUUUAAAAAAAUGAUUUCCCCUUGGCUUCCUUACACUGCAUGGUUGAUUCUAAGGCAUUUUUCCAGAGAGGUCUGGUUUUAUUGGUGGGGUAACUUUAUCCCCUUGAUUACAGAGCAAGUCAAGAUAGACUGGAUGCUAGAGGAAAAGUCUUAGAGUCAGGCAGAAAUCUUUACAACAUGCAAGUGCUAUCUCAGUGAAGUUUUGUGUUAUUUCUCUAAAAGUUUGGUAUACUUAACAAUUGCCAUAGUGCUGUGUAAACAGCUGUCUUGAUGUGGCCUGACAGAAAUGACAGCACUCCUAGGUUCUCAUACCAGCAUGGGAUGGGGAGGUUAUCUGGUUGCCAUAAUCUUCCCAUAAUUGCUGCUUUGAUCUAGUAGAUGAUUGCACUGAAUUCAGGCUGAAAAAUCUUAUCCAACUCCUCACCAACUGAUGUCCCACAGCAAUGAGCAUCUUUCUCUGUGGUCCUACACAAGUUCACGUCUGCUCACUU